CCGGGUCUUUUCCACCGGCCGGCACAGACACGCUUCUCAUCUGCGGGCCGAUCAGCUGUUGGCGGUCGUGGGGUCUCCUCCUCUCGUGAACAACCCGGACAACCAGAUCGACAUGGACAACCGACAAGAACAAGGGAUGGGAGCAGAGCCAAGCAAGGUGUUCAACGAUCCCAUCCACGGGCAGGUGGAGCUGCACCCACUCCUCAUCAAAAUCAUCGACACACCUCAGUUCCAGCGACUGCGAAACCUCAAGCAGCUCGGAGGGUCCUACUUUGUUUUCCCCGGCGCGUCGCACAACCGCUUUGAACACUCCAUUGGGGUGUGCUACUUGGCAGGACAGCUUGUAAAAGCUCUCAAUGAGCGGCAGCCGGAGCUCCUCAUCACCCGCAGAGACAUCCUCUGUGUGCAGAUCGCAGGACUCUGCCAUGACCUGGGACAUGGGCCAUUUUCCCAUAUGUUUGAUGGGAGAUUCAUCCCAAAAGCACGUCCAAAUAUCACCUGGAAGCAUGAGAACGCCUCUGUGGCCAUGUUUGAUCACCUGGUUAAAGAAAAUGACCUGAAUCAGCUGAUGACGCAGCACGGCUUGGUGCUGCCUGAGGACCUGACGUUUAUUAAGGAGCAGAUUGGUGGACCACUGGACACUAAUGCAGCUCAGGCCAAGAAGUGGCAGUAUAAAGGACGUCCUAACGACAAGUCCUUUCUCUAUCAAAUCGUGGCCAACAAAACAAAUGGUAUCGAUGUGGAUAAGUGGGACUACUUUGCCAGGGACUGCUACCACCUGGGCAUCCAGAACAACUUUGACUAUCGCCGCUCCCUGCAGUUUGCCAGGGUUUGUGAGGUGGACGGUCAGAAGCACAUCUGUACCAGAGACAAGGAGGUGGGCAAUCUGUACGACAUGUUCCACACAAGGAGCUGUCUCCACAGACGAGCCUACCAGCACAAGGUCGGCAACAUCAUAGAGGCCAUGAUCACCGAGGCCUUUUUGAAAGCAGAUCCAUACAUCCAGAUUGAGGGCUCAGAAGGGAAGAUGUUCACUCUCUCCACAGCCAUAGACGACAUGGUGGCCUACACCAAACUGACAGAUAACGUGUUUGAACAAAUACUCCACUCGUCCGUCACGGAGCUGGCAGAACCGAGGGAGAUUCUAAACAACAUCAUCUGUCGGCGCCUCCACAAGUUUCUGGGCGAAACCCAGGCAGACGAACCUUUGAGUGUCACCAAGGAGAUGAUUAAAAGCUGGGAGGCAGAGUUGGCUGAGGCCAACCCUCAAUGUGAGGCCCAGGAUGUCAACCUGCUGCCAGAGGACUUCGUAGUUAGUAUCAUUAACAUGGACUAUGGGAUCCAGGAAGAGAACCUAAUCAACAAUUUGUAUUUCUAUAGCAAGGACAACCCAACCAAAGCCUACCAAAUACGCAAGAACCAGGUUUCAAACUUUCUUCCAGCGAAAUUUGCUGUGCAGCUGAUCAGGGUCUACUUCAAGAAGAGGGAUGAUAAAAGUCUGGAAGCUGCCAAGAAGCACUUCGUUCAUUGGUGCACAAACAAGAAAUUCUCAAAGCCUUAGGAUGGAGAAAGCCAGCAGGUCGAACAUCAAGGAAGGCGAGGAUGGGCCGAAAAAAGCCAGAACUCAGCUCAACUUUGAAUGAGAGGAGGAGAGCAAAUGCCCCUCUGUUACACUUUUGGUAGACGAGACGGUGUUGAGUGAAAAAUUAUAUUUUUCUAGGAAGUGAGUGUGUUUUUACGAGCACAGCACGGCAAAGCUGAAGUGUUUGGUUUUUUUUCUUACAAAGAAAAUAUAUGGGGAAAAAAUUACACUGUAUAUUCAGGGCCUGUACUUGGGGGGGCAUAGGGUAUUAUAUAUUUUUUUAAUAUUCACAUCUUUGCUUUUACUCAUUUUAUUCAGGUUUUUCUCUUUUUAGACUCAUUAAGGGCGACUAGGGUCAAAUAUUUAAAGUUGAUUUGUUUUAUGCCACGUGCUGAGCAAAUAGCCUAUAAUGUAGUUGGAUUUUGAGCAAUAAAUCAUGGGCAGUUACAAUGUUUUACUGUGAAAGCAAAUGUGUGUAUUUCAGGGAAGUGUGUUUUUACAGCAUAUAUAUCUGGUGUGUUACAGUGAAUUAUUUUAUUCAACUUUCAGAUGAGAAGUCAAAAUAUAUGAAGAAGGGCAGAUUGUGACCUUUACAGUGACCAUUUGUUUUUACUUGAUAAAUUUGGUGUGAUCUUUCUUUGAAUAUAUUUAUUUUGCCUGGGUUUGUUUUGUUUUUGGUUUGUUUUUGUUUGAGUAUGGUUUGCGGUCCUCUAAUUUAUUGUUCUUACAGUAAGUAUACUUAUACUGUCAACUGCACUUUGUUUAUACUGAUCUAUUUGCACUACCUACUACUAUCUGCUGUUAAACCCAUUGUACUCAUUUAUAUAUUCCUGUGCAUACGCACAUACUUUGCACUUUACUGCCUUUUUGCACUUCUGGUUAGAUGCUAAACUGCAUUUCGUUGUCUAAGUACCUGUACUCUGUGCAAUGACAAUGAAGUUGAAUAUAAUCCAAUCUAAUAUAAGUAGCACAACUUGCCCAUUGCUGUUUUCACCUCAUAAAUAUGUGCAACGUCGAAAAUGGUAUUACUGGUGAUACCAGUUGACAUGUUUUAUAAAAUGUGAUGUGGCCUCACCAGACAUGCCUCAUUGCUGGCUUCCUCGUGCUUGAUUGGGUAAAACUUAGUUUUGAAAGAAUACCAAGUGAAACAUACAAAGGGUUUGUGGUGAUCCUGUAAGGUUUAUUCCUGUUGGGAAGGGGUUGAAAAAAAUAAAACUGGAAAAUAAAAGUCUUUCUCUCAA